AUGUCAGCAGAAGCCCUCACCUCGCCACCCGCCGCCACUGGCGAGUCCAGCACCGCGAACAGCAACGUCCGAGACCUCAAGCCCGUCAUCAAAAACGUCGACAUGUCCGAAGAGAUGCAGGCGGAUACCAUCGAGAUCGCCUACGAUGCGCUCGAGAAGUUCAGCGUUGAGAAGGACAUGGCCGGACAUGUUAAACGCACGAUGGACCAGAAAUUCGGUCCCACCUGGCACGCUGUCGUCGGCCAGAAGUACGGAAGUUACGUCACGCACGAGACGAAACACUUUAUCUACUUUUAUCUCGGACAGAUGGCUUUCCUCCUUUGGCGAGCAUGA